AUGGCUAAUCUUACUCGACAGACAUCAAAACUUGGACCACCUGAUAUCAUGAUCAGCUCAGACGAAGAGGAAGAGUAUGAUGAGGACUUAAAUAAAACCUUACCUCCUAACUUCAAAUUUGGUCAUCACCACUCAACAAUGUCAAUGCUCAAUCCAUCUCAGAUGUACAACAAUACACCCAUUCCUAUUGACCCUGGAUCUCCUGGUAAGGGAGUUGGUCGUCUUAAACGAAGCAAGCCUGUCAACUCCUCUCAGAAACCCAAUCGUUACCGUCAAAUGGGAAAGAGUGAUCCUUCAUUAGUACCAGAUGAAGGGACCAUUUAUAGCCCCGAAGAAAGCUUUGAAGAUCAAGAUCAGUUAGAUACCGAGUUAUCUGACAGUUUAAGAGCUACACUAAGUCCUGAACGUUCUCCAAGGGACAGUCUUAUGGAUCUUGAUGAUACUCAGAUUAUAUUCCAGAAAAAAAUUCCACGAGCAAAAGCUGAAAUGGAAGCCCAGUUGACAACUUUUUUGAAUGAGUUCUCUGAGAGUAAUUGUCAGUUUUCAGAUUCCAUUGUCAACUUUGGUCGUCAACAGAUUUGGGAAUUUGCUCGAGAAUUAUUGUACAAAUCACAAACUGAACAUUUGAAUAAAGAUGUAUUUAUUGUGUUUUCCGAGAACAUUCUACAAACUGUUACUAAAAUCCAACCAAGGAAAGAGGACUUUGAAGUAAUAAAGAUUAUCAGCAAUGGAGCUUAUGGUGCUGUGUAUUUGGUACGACAUAAACAAACUCGUAUGAGAUUUGCCAUGAAGAAAGUUAGCAAGAAAAGAAUGAUAAUGAAAAAACAGGUUCAACAAGUAUUUACAGAGAGAGAUAUAUUGACUUUUGCUGAGAAUCCAUUUGUAGUUGGUCUUUGGUGUACAUUUCAAACAAGAGAGUAUCUUUAUAUGGUAAUGGAAUAUGUUGAAGGAGGAGAUGUAGCUACCUUAUUGAAGAAUAUUGGAUCACUUCCACUAGAAAUGGCAACAAUGUUUGCAGAGACAGUACUUGCAUUGGAGUACAUUCAUAGUCACGGUAUAAUACAUCGUGAUUUAAAGCCAGAUAAUCUCCUCAUUACUUCUGAAGGACAUAUCAAAUUAACAGACUUUGGACUCUCAAAAAUUGGUCUUGUAAAUUAUACUGCUCAUGUAAUUGAAGAUGCUUGGUCAAAAGAUUUUCAAUUUGUGGAUCAAGAGGUUUAUGGAACUCCAGACUACAUUGCACCAGAAGUAAUUCUAGGACAACCAUAUGGAUUUCCUGUUGACUGGUGGUCUAUGGGUGUAAUAUUGUAUGAAAUGAUUAUGGGGGUAACCCCUUUUAACAGCUGUACUGUCCAAAAUCUGUUUGAUGAGAUCACCAAUGAAAACCUGUCUAUCGAGUUUCCAAUAGAGGAAGAUGAGGAAGAAAUUCCUGAAGAUUGUCAGAAUAUAAUACGACAACUUCUUUGUCACAAUCCAAUGCACAGACUCGGAUCCAGUUCUCGUGAAGGUGUUCGCGAAGUCAAAUCUCACGAGUUCUUUGCUGAAGUGGACUGGGAUGAUCUCCUGCGUAUGAAGGCUGAGUUUAUACCUCAGCUACAAGGAGACGAGGAUACCAGCUAUUUUGAUACACGCUCUGAUCGCUAUAGUCAUGAAUUUAUGAGUGAUGAAGAGGAUGGAGAACCAGAUCUUUUGGAACAACCCUUUGAAAACUUUUCAUCAACAGCUCCACGAAUGUCAUCCUACCUUGACGAGACCUUCAAUUCAAGUGGUACUCCCUCUCCAAAGCUCCCCUCCUCUCCUCGGAGGUCAGAGUCCAUGAAGGAUCGCAUUGGUCGUCCUUGGCGGAAAAGUAAUGCCACACCCAAACUGAGUACUGAGUCCCACGGAGAGAUCUUGCAAGCUGAGUUGGCAAAGCUAAAAGCGCAGACUAUGGCAAAGAAGCGUAAGAUUGAUUUUGAUGCCAAAUCCUCUCCAAAGACUCAUCCUCGUUCACCUAUUGAAACUAGAUCUAGGUCAAAUGCCAAAUCUCCAAGUGUUCAUGCUCAUCCACAGGUUGAGAAUCAGUCUGUUGCAACAAGGUCUCAAUCAAAAACUGAAUCUCCAAGUGCUCAUGCUCAUUUACAGGUUGAAAAUCAGUCUGUUGCAAUGAGGUCUCAAUCAAAAACUAAAUCUCCAAGUGUUUGUACUCUCGUUCACAGGUUGAGAAUCAGCACAUUGCAACAAGGUCUCAAUCAAAACUAA